CGCGCGCGUGAGCGACAUGGCGUCGUGUGCUGUACAGCUGGUGAGCGUGAAGUUAUCGAAAUAAACAGCGAACUCUUACUUUAUCGAACACAAACACGUCAAAAUAGUCAUAUAUCGAUAAAGUAUCGAAAAAGAAGUUCGAGAAAAAGAAAGUUGUGACAUCCAUUCUGAAAGAGCCCUAUAUGAAGCACCCAUUACAAAACAGAUGGGGUCUUUGGUUCUACAAGAAUGAUAAGAGCAAAAUGUGGCAAGACAAUUUAAGACUGAUCACGAAGUUCGACACAGUUGAGGACUUCUGGGCAAUACACAACAACAUACAGCCGCCAAGCAAACUCUCCUCCGGGUGCGACUACUCCAUGUUCAAGGACGGCAUAGAGCCCAUGUGGGAGGACAGGAGUAAUAAAUGUGGCGGCCGCUGGCUGAUUACUCUCGCCAAGCAGCAUAGACACACUGAACUUGACCGUUUCUGGCUGGAGACGCUCUUGUGUCUCAUCGGAGAGAGCUUUGGCUCUUUCAGCCGGGAUAUCUGUGGAAGUGUCAUAAACAUCCGUGCCAAAGGGGACAAAAUUGCCAUCUGGACCUCUAAUGCGGAGAAUUGCGAGACCGUUACAUACAUUGGUCAGAAGUAUAAAGAGAGUCUGGGCCUUCCACAGAAGCUUGUCAUUGGAUAUCAAGCCCACGCAGACACAGCAACUAAGAGCAACUCUAUAACCAAGAACAAGUUUGUUGUUUGAAAAUAUGUAUUGUUGUGGCACUGUUCGAGACGUAGAGGUUAUCUUUGUAUAUUUUCUUCAUUAGUGAGAGCACUUAAAUGUGUUAUAUGCGAGACUAUGCUGAACUUGAGUUGCACUUGUUUUGACGCGAGUUGUCUAGCAUGGCUUUUUUUUUGACAAUUAAAACUUGAACUUCUUUUGCAAAAGUGUGCUGAAAGAAUGCACUGGCUUUCCUAGCGUGAACGCUGUACCCUGUCGAUACGGAUUGCUUUGUAUUAAACACAGCCGGGUCUUUUUCUAUGGAGAAUUUAGAUAUGCUUCUCUUACAAAUGAUUGAAGAACAAUAAAAAACUGGUUUAAAGUCGGCAUGAAAUGAAAAAUGUCAAUUCCAAUUUAUUUACACGGUGUUGCAGUGUUCAUUAUAAAUUAUUUAUCUGUGCACAUCUUUAUUUAAAAAAAUAAUAAUUUGCAUUUAUAAUCUUUAAUCAAAAACGUUAAACCCCCCUUGAAACGACCUCUCUUCACGAGGAAUGGUGCGAGGGCAGGGCUCCAAUGACUGACAGAUUGCAAACUGGAUUAUAAAUCUACACCCAACGUUUAACGACCCAAUCAGUACUCGAUAAACGAUAUCAAGUCCUGCCCUUCUUUUUUUCUCAGAAGUUGUUUCACUCGGAUAUACUUCACGAUACUGAAGAAAAAACGAUCGCUACUUCCGUUUCGUUCCAACUUUAAAGAGAAGUGUUACAAAAAGUUUUCAACCAAGAUCGUUACUUGUGACAUGGAUCAUUUUGCAUCAAAGAUGAGCAGUACAUAAAGACCCGCUGAAGUGCUGUUGAAGUGCAGCUUUGUUCGAUGUGCUUAUUUAAUUUCCACUGAAAUAGGAAAUUGGGGUGGGGUUAUAUUGAGUGGCCCCUCCCCCCUGAGAAGGGCCAAUAGUGUUUAGUUGACCUCACGGCCUGGAAUCUGACCAGAAGCUGAGGUGCAGAAUGAUGUCAUAAAAGUCCCUGAUCUGUGUUUGUGAAAGUAAAAGAACUAAACUAAAUUAGAACUUCUAAAUGCACAUUUCGUUAAUUGUUUAGAAGAUGCUAGUUUGUAGAUAUUCUUAAGACUAACGUAUUCAUUACAUUGAUUUCAUGGGAGGUUUAAGCACGCACAUCUCACUUUGUCCUCAGAACAAACUUGUCUUGAAUAGAAAAUAAUGUACGAAAAGAAACGGCAGAGGUUUCUUUUAAGUUCUUCAGUGAUGAUUUUAUCAUUGGUUUUAGUCGUGUUGAUGGGUUUGAAAUAGGAGUGACCAGAGGAAGUGGACCUGCCUCUCUGGUUAAUGUUUCACUCUUCUCAUAGGAACAACGCACACAGU